UGGGUGGGUGGUCUUGGCCUCUAGUUUCCAUUGCCCUAGCUUUGGACCCUGACCCCAACACCUGCCCUCUAGGGACCCUUAGUGACUGGCUCAUUAGUUCUUCCCUGCAAGAGUGGGGAUCCUUCCUGCUUGCCCCUUUGAACCCAAGCAAUUCAACCAGAGCACCCGGAGGAAGCCGAGUUCAUCCUGGGGGGUCCAAGACUGACGGGCACAUUAGUGCUGGCUUUGCCAUGGAGGGACAGGCGAGGGCAAGCAAAGACCUUCCAGGGAAGCUCCUUUCUGCCACCACCAACCCCACUUUGUCCUCCCUGGGUGCCGUCUUCAUUCUCCUCAAGUCUGCACUGGGCGCCGGCCUGCUCAACUUCCCCUGGGCCUUCCACAAGGCGGGGGGUAUGUUGCCCACCUUCCUGGUAGAGCUGGUCUCUCUGGUCUUCUUGAUCAGCGGGCUGGUCAUCCUGGGCUAUGCUGCCUCUGUCAGUAGACAGAUGACCUACCAGGGUGUGGUGCAUGAGCUGUGUGGACCUGCCCUGGGGAAGCUAUGUGAGGCCUGCUUCCUCAUAAACCUGCUCAUGAUCUCCGUGGCUUUCCUCAGAGUGAUUGGGGAUCAGCUAGAGAAGUUGUGUGACUCUCUCCUGCCCGGUGCCCCGCAGCCCUGGUAUGCCACACAGCGCUUCACCCUACCCCUGCUCUCGGCGCUAGUCAUUCUGCCCCUUUCAGGACCGCGGGAGAUCGCCUUCCAGAAAUACACCAGCAUCCUAGGCACUCUGGCAGCUUGCUACCUGGCUCUGGUCAUCACCGUGCAGUACUAUCUCUGGCCGCAGGACCUCCGGAACGAGCCCCGCCUUUCAGCAAGCCCUUCCUCAUGGACCUCUGUGCUUAGUGUCUUCCCCACCAUCUGUUUCGGAUUCCAGUGUCACGAGGCCGCUGUCUCCAUCUACUGCAGCAUGCGUAACCAGAGCCUCUCACACUGGACGCUGGUCUCCGGGCUGUCCUUGCUGGCGUGCCUCCUGGUCUACUCGCUGACAGGGGUGUACGGCUUCCUGUCCUUUGGCAAUGAAGUUUCUGCUGACAUCUUGAUGUCCUACCCGGGCAAUGAUGUGGCUAUCAUUGUCGCACGUGUGCUCUUUGCUGUUUCCAUUGUGACUGUCUACCCCAUCGUGGUGUUCCUGGGGAGGUCUGUGAUGCAGGACUUGUGGAAGAGACGCUAUGGGGGCCCACGAGGGUCCGACCCCUCAGGGCCAUGGGUUCGGCUGCCACUGACCCUCCUAUGGGUCACUGUGACCCUUGCCAUGGCCCUGUUGCUGCCUGACCUCAGCAAGAUCAUCGAUCUCAUUGGCGGUAUCAGUUCCUUCUUCAUUUUCAUCUUCCCUGGUUUGUGCCUGAUCUAUGCUGUGGACACAGAGCCCAUAAGACCCAAAGUCAAGGUCUCGUGUGUCCUAGGUUGUCCUCAAAAUCACUAUGUAGCUGAGCAUGACCUGAGACUUCUGACCGUCCUGCUCCCAGCUCCUGAGUGCUGGGGCUCCAGCUCUGUUGAUUCUGGGGCCUCUGCUUCCCUGAAGAAUUUGGGUUCCAGACACAUGUGGCCAUACCCUGCUGUUUCUGUGGAUCCUCACGCUGGCACAUCCAGGCUAUACUGUGUCUUGUGCCAUCCUCACAAAGAGAAGAGCUUGGUAUGUGAUUGUCCCCAUAUCAUAGGUGGAGAAAUGGGGACACAGAGAGGUGUGACAACUUGAGCUCCUAAGUGCCCAGAGCAUCUGGCUGGUGCAGGCAGGGGACAGCGCACCUACGUCCCACUUACUCACCGGAUCUGGCUGGUCUGCUCUUCAAUGGCCUCCACGGCACUUUCCACAGAGCUGAGCAGCGACUGGAUCUGAUUGGCUGUCUCCUUCAGGAGGAAGUGAGUCACAAACUGGUCCACAUUGCUCCCGCCUUCGUACACCUGGAGAGGGAGGGAAGGGGUUAGAAAAGAACUUGGAUGUGGUUAGGCACAGGAGCUUGAGCGCCUGAGGUCAGUGUGCCUGCUUUGCAGUGGAGAGUAUUUCUCUGCCUCCUCCAUCUCUGAGGCCACAGAGUGUCGAAAAUGCGGCUGCAGAACUCAGAGGCUAAGGCUGGAGCCCUGGUUUCAUCCCUGACCAGAUCUGGAUCUUCCCUAACACACAGGGCCACAGGAGUAGCCAGUUUACAAAGUCAGUGAUGAAAUGGAUAAACAAUGUUGGCACAGUGCUGUCUCAUGGCAAACACUUAACUAUGGCUUCUUUGAUAAAGACGGUGGUGAUGGUGAUGGUGGUGGUGACAAUGAUGAUGGCUCUGAUAUUAAUCUUUAUUGUCAACUUGAUGGGAUUCGAAUCACCAGCUGUGGGUGUGUUUGUGAGGGUAUUUCCAGAGAGGGUUAAUUGAGGAGGGAAGACCCACCUGAAUGUGGGCAGCACCAUCCCAUGGCCUGGAUGCAAGCCUGAAUCAGCAGGAGAAAGCGGGCUGAGUCCCAGCAGCCAUCCAUCCCUCUCUGCUUCCUGAUAGUAAGCUGAGUGUGACCGGCUGCUGCACAGUCCGGCUGCCAC